AUGACUACGACAGAGAUCGUGGCCGCUGAUAGCAGCUCCAACUACGACUUGGAGAAGCACAACACGGCCAGCUCCCAGCACAAGCACAUCCCCAUCGAGGAGGACUAUGAGGGCAAGCCCACCCAGGAGGAGCUCGACACGCUCCGCCGUGUGCCCGGCAGCCUCCCCAUCAUUGCUUAUAUGAUUUGCAUUGUCGAGUUCUGCGAGAGAGCCUCCUACUACGGUGUCCAGCCCCUCAUCAGCAACUAUGUCAACCGUCCUCUGCCUGAAGGCGGCAACGGCUGGGGUGCUCCUCCCCGUGGUACUCAGAUGACGGCCGGUGCCCUCGGUAUGGGCCAGAGUAGCGCCAACGCCGUUACCCAGUCCUUCUCCAUGUUGGCUUAUGCCCUUCCCCUCCUCUUCGGCUGGAUGGCCGACGCCAAGACUGGCCGCUUCAAGCUUAUUUGCUGGGGUGUCGUUGUCUUCGGUAUCGCCCAUGUUCUCAUGGUCGUUGCCGGUGCCAAGAACCUCCUUGCCAAUGGAACCUCCAAGGCUCCCUACUUCCUCUCGGUCUACAUUCUGGCCAUUGGUGCUGCCAUGUUCAAGCCCAAUGUUUCUCCCCUUCUCCUCGAUCAGGUUGCCAACACCAAGCCCAUAAUCAAGGUGCUCAAGACUGGAGAGCGCGUCAUCGAGGAUCCCGAGGCUACCACUGAGCGUGUCAUGUUGUGGUUUUACCUCAUGAUUAACAUUGGUGGUUUCAUGGGCGUUGCCACUGCCUACUCCGAGAAGUACAUUGGCUGGUGGCUCGCCUUCCUUAUCCCUCUCAUCCUCUAUCUCCCUCUUCCCCUUCUUUUGUGGUUCCUCCGCAAGCGCCUUAUCCUCCACCCUCCCGGCGGUUCCGAUCUCCCCAACAUCUUCAAGAUUCUCGGUAUCUGCUUCCGCCGCGGUGGUCUCAAGAAGUUCGGUCGUCACGGUUUCUGGGAGUUGGCCAAGCCUUCCAACAUUGCUGCUGCCGGCCUUGAGGGUGUUUACAAGAUUGAGUGGAGCGACCAGUUCGUUGAGGAUGUCCGCCGUACAUUCCAGGGUACUGGCAUCUUCUGCUUCUUCCCUAUUCAGUACCUCAACGACAACGGUCUUGGUUCCGCCGCCUCUUUCUUGUCGACCAUGUUGAAGACGGAUGGUGUCCCCAACGACGUCAUUUCCAACUUCAACUCUCUCAGUAUCAUUGCCGCCGCUCCCGUCCUCAACUACGGCUUGUACCCCAUGCUUAGACGGUUCAACAUCCACUACGGUCCCAUUGCUCGUAUCACCACCGGUUUGGCCAUGUCCUCCCUCGGCGGUAUGGGUUAUACUCUGCUCAACUAUUACGCCUACAAGAAGUCUCCUUGCGGCGAGUACGGUUCCAGCGACUGCAAAAUUGGCACCGGUGUCGCUGACAUCAGCAUUUGGUUCUUGGCCAUCCCCUUUGCCGUUGGCGGUAUUUCCGAGUUGUUCGUCAACGUGCCUGCGUAUGGGUAUUGCCUACUCGCGCGCUCCUGCCAACAUGAGAGGUCUUGUCUCGGCCAUCAACCUGUUCUCCACGGCUGUGGCCUAUAUCAUCGGUCUUGCCUGCUCUUCGGUUGUUACCGAUCCCUACCUCACCUGGAUUUUCGGUGGCCCCGCCAUUGCUGGUGGUGUCCUCACCGUCAUCUUCUACAUCACCUUCAGGCACAUCGACUCGGAGGAGACUGUCUUCUCCCAGAGAGAGACUAUUGA